GAAAACUUUUCAUUUAUGCACAUUAGAAUUUGGAUGCUGUCACAUGUAUAGAAUAUUAUUCAACUGGACUCUGCGGUCGGUUGCAUUGCGAUAAAUAUUUAAUGGCGGUACGAAAAUCCUGGAUAAUUAAUUCUCGACAGCUGCUAGCGCAAACCUGCUCUUGAAAAAUGAGCUCAUGGUCAUCAAGCGACUAACAAGUGAGUAAUUCUUUUUGAGAAGAAAAUCCAGCAAUACCACAAAACAUGAAUUUUGGUAAUCAAUGUGAAGACGACUUGGUUGACCGGGUCGUGUACGGGCCUCGAAGAAGGCAACCCAAUGACUGCGCGGGAGAGUCUGUUGUCUACGACCCGUUCAGGUAUCAUUUCCCGAUGCAAGUCUCAGAAAUUCUUAAAAGGUUUCAUGGAGCCGAGAAUGUGGACGAGGUUGAGAAUGGAAGGGAGUCGCAUUUGUCCGUGCCAUCGUCAUCUGCAACUAGAAACAGUUUCGUAAUUAGCAGUCCACGACCUUCGGCUGGUCUAUCACGUGCUGGAACAGGUAAAGGCAGCAGACCAAGAUUUCCAAUCGAGGUUGAUGUGAAAACUCAAGAACAAUGGGAAGAGCUAAUUUCAAAGGAAGGUUUGAUUGUUGUAGAUGCAUAUGCUGGAUGGUGUGGUCCUUGUAAAGCCAUUGAAAGUACAUUCAGACGAAUAAGAAAUGAAUCUGGUGAUGACUUACUUCAUUUUGCAAUGGCAGAAACUGACACUAUAGAAGCAUUGGAGGCAUAUAGGGAUAAAAGUAAACCAACAUUUUUGUUCUUUGGGGGAGGUCAGUUGGUUCAUGUCAUUCGUGGAUGUGAUGCCCCAUCUUUAAUUCAAUCGAUUGCACAUUUUCUGAGAGAAGAGCACAGAAUAAUGAGUGGAGAUGCAGAACGAAAAGUGUUUAUAGAUUUGGAAAUACAGCAGCAGCACCAGAAAUUAGAAGAAGAGAAGCAGGACCAAGAAAAAGAAGAAACUGUGGAAGAGGAUGAAGAAAUUGAAAUGGUUGAGGUCCCAAAAGAAAUAUCUGUUGUCAUUAUAAAACCAGAUGCAUUGAAAAAUGGUCACGCGGAUGAAAUUAUCCAAAACAUCGAGGACAAUGGCGUUGAGAUUCUUCACAAGGAAGAAAGGGUGCUUACUAAAGAAGAGGCAGCAGAGUUUUACAAGCAACACGAGGGCAGUGAGCACUUUGAGCAGCUAAUCGAGUUUAUGAGCAGUGAUCCAGUUUUGACAUUGGUUCUCAGCAAGAAGGGGGAAGAUCCUGGAUACGGCUUGAUCCCGGAAUUGAGAGAUCUUAUUGGUCCGAAAGAUGUCAAUCAAGCCAAAGAAGAGGCACCGGCAAGUAUUCGUGCCCAGUAUGGCACUGAUGCCAUCAUGAAUGCAGUCCAUUCCUGCGACUCUUCAGAAAGUGCUGCAAGGGAACUGGCGUUUUUCUUUCCUGAAUUCAACGUACCAAAAGUGCAGGAAAAGAGAAAGAAAAAACGGAUACAGAGGACCCUUGCUCUUAUUCGGCCUGGUGCUUAUACCCAGAGAAAAGAAUCGAUUUUACACAAGAUUACUGAAGCAGGAUUUAGUAUUGCAAUGGAAAAAGAGAUGUACUUGACAAGAGAGCAAGCAGAAGAGUUUUACGAUCAACACCGAGAAAGUGAUUAUUUCGAAUCCCUAAUUACGAGCAUGACUAGCGGUCCAUCUUUAGCACUUUGUUUGGCGCGAGAGGAUGCGGUUGAAGCUUGGCGAAACCUAUUAGGGCCGAAGGAUGUUCAACAGGCAAGAGAGGAAGCCCCCGAAAGUUUACGGGCUGUAUUCUCAGAAGAAAAUGCAACCAUUAAUCCUCUUCAUGGACCUGACUCUGUUGAAACUGCAGAGAAAGAGUUGCGGAAAUUUUUCCCGCCGCAAGCAACAGUCGGUGUCAUCAAGCCAGAGGCCUACAACGAGCCUGAGCAACGGGAGGAAAUCUUAAAGAAGAUUGAGGAAGCUGGUUUCAAGAUAUCUGCACAAAAGGAAGUGCACCUCACUAAAGAUCUUGCAGCCCAGUUUUACAAGGAACACGAAGGGAAAGAGUUUUAUGAUGGCUUAACUGAUUACAUGAGCAGCGGUCCAACAUUGUUCAUGAUCCUGUCAAGAGAAGACGCUAUUACGGGGUUUAGAGCAUUAGUUGGUCCAAAUGAGCCGGAGGUCGCCAGGGAACAAGCACCCAAUAGUUUGCGAGCUUUGUUUGCUACGGACCCAAUGAAGAAUGCACUUCAUAGCAGUUCAAACGUCGACAAAGCUGUUCAUGUGAUCCACGAAUUCUUCCCUGAAGUCGAGCUCAAUGAAGAUGGAACUGUCAAAGAGCCAUCGAAAGAAGAGCCGCCAGAGGACGGGGCAGGCUCUACCGCUGAAGAAACAGCAAACGUGGAGGAAGAGCAUACUGCGGAUGAUGCUAACGAAGCACAGGACCAAGGUCGUGCAGAUGAAUCGGGAUUGGAAGCUAACGAGGAAUCGAAAAUAGACGGAAAAGAUGAAUCAGAAGUGGAUGCAAAAGGUGAAUCUGAAGGAGAGACAAAAGAAGGCGAAUCUGAGUCAGUGGCAAAAGGUGAAGAUGAAAACAAAGAGGCAGAAACUGGCGAGGACAGUACACUCUCGGACGCAAAUGGAGAAAAUAACCAAGAAGCAAGUAAUGAAUCGGAAGAGCCAAAACAGGUGGAAGUCAAUGAAAUUUCGACAGAGAAUAAAGCUGAAGAUGGAAAAGAUGAAGCUGGAAAAGACGAUACUGGAAAAGAGGAAGGAGGUAGUGAAAGUGAGACAAAGCCAAGUAGUGACGAAGGGGAAAGAAAUCAAGAGGCGGCUGCAAGUGAGGGUGGUGAGAAAGAUAACGAGGCUGAAAAUCCGGAUGCAAACGAGGAAAAGAAGAGUGAUGACGCAAAGGAAGGUGCACAAGAAGAAAGUACUGAAAAUACGAACAAUGAUAGUAGCAACGGAGUUGGUCUGGAAAAUAAAGAAGAUGAGAAUUUGAAAAAAGAGGACGGGGAACAACCAUCUGGCGAAUAAAGCACUGCAUUAAAGUUCCAGUGAGGCGGAACUUUUAAUUGGGUGUAAAGGAGUCAAGUUGGGCAAAUAUUUUACUUGUUUGAAUGUAAAGAGUUUGUAAAUAAGAAGUGACAAUUUGAUUUUGUAUAUAUUUAUGUUCUUAUGUAGUAUUUAUCUGAACGUACAAAUGAUCUCUCUUAAA